UUCAAGUAUAGCAAACAAUUGGUGAUUUUAUGAAUUUUAAUCAAGUUUUAUCGGGUUUUAUUUGAAGUAACUUUAAUAAACUACUAUUAACUUUUAUUAAUUCAAAGUAGGCCAAGAUGGAGACAGACGAUGGUACUGAGUAUUUCUGCUCUGGUGCAACAGCCACUAAACUGAAGAGACUUCAAAUUAGCAGUGGUAAUUGUAAUGGUGGCUACGGUGGUAAUGGAACUGGCGGCAUCAGAAACAAUAGUGGUAGAAGAAGUAUCAAAUAUACCGAUAGCAGAAGUAUUAGUUUUGUCGGUAGUAAUGGCUUUUGCAGCCGAAAAACUAACGCUUCUGUCCGCUUUGCUACCACUCCUACCAGAAGUAACAAAACCAAAAAGCCAUCUCUAUCAUGGUUUUCUUUGUCAUCGUCGCCAUCCCUAGCACAGUCACCACCAUCAUUAUAUACAGAAAUCAAAAGCAUCAAAACAACCGGCCCGAUAUACGACGAGGUGAAUAAUAAAAUGUUGCACUCUCAUGCCCUUUAUCUCAACAUCAAAAAAAGAAAUUCAGCCGCGAUGAAAAUGCGAAUCACGAAAAAUUAUUCAACAAAAGUUGAUAAAACUCAACCUGAAGAGGCUGGUGAGGCUGGCCACACGACAAACGACAAACUUUACAAUGGUAAGGUUCACUACACAAUGGCUCACAACAUCCUCAACGAUAUCAUCAAUAGAAUGGAUACAACAGGACCUCCAGAUGUCGACACACAACCCAAUAACUUUGGAAAAAAGAAAUAUAGUACAGAUGAUGAAAAGUAUGAGAAAACGUCAGCUACACAGAACGCUGCUGGUGGUGACGACGGUAGCGUUACUUGCUUCGUCGACACUAACCACAUCACCCUCAACGGCCACAACUACUUCUGUUACUACUACAACUACAAGGGCAGAAAAACCUGGAAGGAUGAUGAUGAUGAUGAUGCAAUAGAAGAUAUCAACUACUCUGUUGUCAUUUUGCAAGGCGAUAAUGAUGACGACGACAAUCCUUUUAAUGAUGAUGAUGACGACGACGACGAUGAUGAUGAUAACUGCAUUAUUUUUUCUCAAAUUAAGAAUGCUAAUGAUACUACUUCUGAUACUAGUCGUCAUGCUACUACUACUGCUGCUGCUACUACUACUACCAACAACAACAACAAUAAUAAUAACAAUAGUGAUAGCAAGGGUAAUGAUGAUGGUAAUGAUAAUAAUAGUAACAACAACAACAACAACAACAGAAAUGACGAUAAUGAUGAUGGCAGUAACUAUGAAAAUAAUAAUAACAACAACAACAAUAACAAUAAUAAUAACAACAAUAACAAUAAUAAUGAUAACUAUGGUGGUGAUGAUGAGGAUGGCGACGAUCAGAAUGAAGAAGAUGACGACGAAGACGAUAACGACAAUGAUGAUGAUGAAGACGAUAACAAUAAUAAUAAUGCCAGCCGUCUCCAACAACAACCGCAACAACCACAACCGCAACAACCACAACCGCAACAACCACAACCGCAACAACCACAACCGCAACAACACUAUCUGGCGAUGGAAGCAAACCUGCAGCUGUUGGGAAGCUUUGAGGGAAGAAGUGAUGAAUACGGUGAUGAAGCAGUAGGCGAACUGACAGACGAGCAAAUAGAAUUUGACAAAAAAGUUGAAGAACUGGUUCAGAAAAUUAAACAACAGCCACAACUCCCACGUGAGCAGUUGAUGAAAAUCUCAAUGGACGUGGAUGAAUUUAUGCGCCUGUCCUACCGAGUAAAAGAACAACAACAACGCCUGAAACGACGACAACGAGCAGAACAAAUAAAUCAAGUAUUACAGCAAAUAUUACAACCGAUAAUGCAGCAGCAGCAGCAACAACAACAGCAGCAACAACAACAACAUCAACAUCAACUACAGCAGCAACAACAGCAUCAACUGCAGCAACAACAACAACAUCAACUACAGCAGCAACAACAACAACAUCAACUACAGCAGCACCAACAGCAUCAACUGCAGCAACAACAACAACAUCAACUACAGCAGCAACAACAACAACAUCAACAUCAACUACAGCAGCAACAACAGCAUCAACUGCAGCAACAACAACAACAUCAACUACAGCAGCAGCAACAACAACAUCAUCAACAUCAACUACAGCAGCAACAACAGCAGCAGCAACAACAUCAUCAACAUCAACAACACAACAUCAUCAUCAUCAACAACAAAAGCAACAGUUGCAACAACAUCAGCAACUGCAACAACAUCAACAACAACAUCAACAACAUCAGCCAGAAGAACCGCCUUUCAUAA